AUGAAGGAGGUUGCAUUUGCAGCCAUGGGAAAUGUUAUAAAUGGGUUACCACUUUUCUGCAUUUUGAUUCACAUUGAUGAUUUGGUGUUCAAUUCUCUUUGCAUCGUAGUAGAAAUUGAAAUUCUAGCUUUAUAUUGCAAAAUCCUAACACAGAAAUUAGUUGGGUUCACGAGUCGCAAGCUUAAGUUAAUGGCUUCUGCAAGUCGUCGACGUGAAGGAAUUUGUAGUGGGCGUGAAAGUGAGAGUAUGAAAGAUGUAUUUAGUAACCUUCCAGACCAGAUUUCCCAUCACAUUCUUUGCCUACUUGCUGUAACCGACCUCGCUCGUUUCGGUUGUGUGUCCAAAAGAUGCAGAGAACUUUGCCUGUCAUCUCCCAAGUUGAAUUUGGAUGAAUUUUCCUUGGUGAAUACGUCCACUUGUUAUAAGCGGCUCGAAUUGUUUACCUAUUUGGAUAGGUUCUUUUUCCACCGUGGUGAUAAUAAGAUACAAAGCUUCCGCCUUCGUUGGUAUAGGCAUGAUGUAUGUGAGGGUGAAGAUGAAGAAGCACAAUGCGUCUGUGAUUGUUGUGCGAGUUUCAGACUGUUUACAUGGAUUGAAAAUGCAGUAAGGUGUAAUGUUGAAGUGCUUGAUCUGGCGAUGAAUUAUCAGGAUGAGGAGGAACGGUUUCUGUUUCCUGCUAGUGUCUUUUUGUGUGGAACUUUGAGGCAUCUAAUACUGCACCUGAACUGUACGGUUCUUAAGACUCCGUCAUUCGCUUUUCAAUCUAAUCUCAAGAUCUUGGAUUUGAAAAAUGUUGAUAUAGAUGAUGGUGGUGGAUUUUUCAAAUGGAUCUCAUGUUGCUGUAAAUUCAUUGAGGAAUUAAGCCUUGAACACGUUUGUGUGACACAAGAAAUUACUGUUGAAAGCUCGUCUCUGAAAAUACUUAACUGUUCUGGUAUCUUUCUGAUUGAUAAAUGUCAUAUUAACAUCUCAUGUGAGAAGCUUGAGUACAUACGUAUUUGCUGGGUAUUGGACUCACCGAGAAACAAAUCCUUAAAUAUGUUUGCCCCAAAUCUGAAGUCUUUCAAAUGGUUCGGGAGUUUGAUGAAUCACUCAAAUUUGGGAAAAUUAGAAUGCUUAGAAGUAGCUUCAUUUUUCUUGGAGCCAACAUUGGAUAUCUUGGACAAUAUAGUCGAGGUUCUUCACAGUUUAUGCAGGGCUAAACUUUUUAUGCUAAAUGAAGCGACCAUUAAGGCUCUUCCAUUGAAGGAAUUAUCAUCUAGGCCAGCUCCACUAUGUGAUACUAGUUCUUUGUGUAUCGAAAUUGGAAGCUUUAUUGAUGAGCUGAUCCCAGCAAUGGUCUAUCUCUUCAGAGCAAUGCCUAAGCUUUGUACUUUAUGCAUAAUGUUGAAUCCGCCCUCUGGUGACCCUAACUCUAAUGCAUCGGGGAUUAGCAUGGAAUACUGGAAGUUGCAAAACCUCGCGUUUGUUUAUCAGCUCAAGCACGUUGCUAUAGAGCUUUGCCACGGGUCUAAUGGAAUGGAGUUAGCAAGGUACAUUAUCGAGUAUGCUCAGAAUUUGCAAAAGAUGGUAAUAGUUUAUUCUUCCCAGGACUUGGAAAAAAUUACAAGGGUGUUAGAGAAAAGCAAGAUGAUUCCCAAUGCGACAAUUGACUUCCAGGAAAAAUCGAUCAAGAGCGGGUGCGGGUGGUGAGGGGGUGGCCGGUGCGGUGGUUAAGAUUGCGCGGGAAGCUGACAAGUUCAUGAUUCAUGGAAUAUGUCUAUAUUAUAUAUCUCUGUAGACUGUAUAUUCUUACCGGGCUGAACAUAAUACAUGUUUUGAUGCGUGAAACCAAA